CUUUAAGCUGACGUGUACGCAAGGGUGUGGCUUAGCGACACAACAGACCAACAUCUGAAGUUCUGCGGUCGUAAUCUCGUUUCACACAAGGAGUCUGACUGUUGUGGAUCAUCAUGGCUAAACGUGUUGCUGUGAUUGGAGGAGGAACCUCUGGGCUGGCCUGCAUCAAAUGCUGCCUGGAUGAAGGUCUGGAGCCAGUGUGUUUCGAGACCAGUGAUGACAUUGGAGGACUCUGGAGGUUUAAGGAAAAUCCAGAUCCAGAUCGUGCGAGCAUUUACCACUCUUUGAUUAUCAACACUUCAAAGGAGAUGAUGUGUUUCAGUGAUUUCCCCAUUCCUGCCCACUUCCCAAACUACAUGCACCACUCCCUCAUCAUGGACUACUUCCACAUGUACGCUGACCACUUCCAGCUCAAACGCCACAUCCGCUUCCAGACAAAAGUUCUUCAUGUUACACCAAGGCCAGACUUCCCUCACUCUGGACAGUGGGAUGUAGAGACAGAGUCCAAAGAUGGUCGGAGAGAGAAGCAGGUGUUUGAUGCUGUGAUGGUCUGCACCGGACACCACUGUCACCCUCAUCUCCCUCUACAGGACUUUCCAGGAAUAAACACAUUUAAGGGGAAAUACUUCCACAGCCGUGACUACAAAAACCCUGAAGAAUGGAGAGGGAAGAGGGUAAUUGUGAUUGGCAUUGGGAACUCUGGAGGAGAUAUUGCUGUGGAGCUGAGCAGAAUGGCCAAACAGGUUUAUCUGAGCACCCGAAGGGGAUCUUGGAUAUUGAAUCGUGUAGGAAACAAAGGUUUUCCAGCAGAUAUGAUGUUUAAAAAAAGAGCACUAUGGUUUCUUCAAUUGUUGUCUGUUGGAUUUCUUAACAAAUGGAGAGAACAACAGCUCAAUAAACGGUUCAACCACAAGCUCUAUGGGCUGCAGCCUGCACACAGAAUUUUCAGUCAACAUCCCACGGUCAAUGAUGACUUACCAAACCGCAUCCUGUCUGGUACCGUCUCAGUCAAGCCAAAUGUUAAAGAGUUUCGUGGGUCAAGUGUGGUGUUUGAGGAUGGCACUGUUGAAGAUGACAUUGAUCUGGUGGUGUUUGCCACAGGCUACACUUUCUCAUUCCCAUUCCUGCCUUCACAUUUAAUUCCUGUCUCAAAGAACAAGGUAUCCCUGUACAAAUACGUAUAUCCCCCAGGACUGGAGUGCCAAACUUUAGCCGUGAUUGGUCUGAUCCAGCCUCUGGGAGCCAUUAUGCCCAUCUCUGAGAUGCAAGCGCGAUGGGCCACACGUGUUUUUAAAGGACUGUGCAAACUGCCUCCAAUGAGUGCAAUGUUGAAGGAAAUUAAAGCAAAAGAGGAGGCAAUGGCUAAAAGGUAUGUGGUCGCCCAGAGACACACCAUCCAGGUGGACUACCUCCCCUACAUGGAUGAGUUGGCUGAACAAGUCGGUGUCUGUCCUCCUAUCCUGAAGCUGCUCCUGACAGACCCAAGAUUGGCUCUGAACAUCAUCUUUGGUCCCUGCACCCCGUACCAGUUUCGUUUGUAUGGACCGGGACAAUGGGACGGUGCACGUCAGGCCAUCCUGACUCAAUGGGAUCGAGUCACCAAACCCCUGAAAACACGCUGUACACCAGAGCCGCAGUCACAGCGCUCCUCUCAUUCACUCAUAUUCUCAGUGUCUGUUGCAGCGCUGCUGUCUGCUCUGUAUUACAGCAGAGCCAGUCUGCAUGCACUCAUAGCAGACCCUUCAUCACUCCUGGACAAGAUCAGGGCUUUUGUACCAUCGCCACUGACCACACACUAAUUUUUUUUGUAUGUAAUUACAUUUUAAUUGUAUAAUUGUGUGGUUUUAAUUCACUAGCAAACUUUUUCUUAGUGCUUUAUCUUAAUUAUGCAUCACUUUCAGCUGCUGCAGUUGUGAGCAUGUCUCUUUAGCAUAUUAAUUUACUUUAAUAUUUAGUGGUAAUGGUAGUGGCUGAUGUAUUGUGGUGCAAAUUAAAUCUUAAAAUGAUAUUUUUCAAAACCUACUUGCAAAUUGUCUAAAAAUGAAUGGCACUUAAGUGCGUGUAAAGAGAGAAGACUUUCAUGAAUGUUUCCUAACACAAUUAAGUAGACAGUUCAAUUUGACAGUACAUUUUAAAUCAUGUUUUAUUAAUCUUGUGUCAUGCUUUACAGAAGUCUGCUUAUUUUGAUCAUUGAUUAACUAGCACAUAUGAAGUAUUUGAUCAUGAUUUGAACCUCAGUAUUAAUAUGACUAAUACAUUUUAACUUCAUCACAAUUGUACAAUUACAAAUAUAAAGUUACUGUAACUAUGCAAUUUGCAUUCAAGUUUGUAUGGCAUUGUACAGUUUCACCAACUCAAGAUGGGUUUGAUGAGCACAAAUGAACAGAAUAUAUUUUGCUGACUUGGUGUUUGUUUAUUGCUCUUAUCAGUGCACUCUUGAGAUGUAUAAAGCAUGCUUAGUUCACUUUUGUGUGAGAUCCAGUAUGUUGAGCAAUG